UCCGUUUCUCCUUUUCCCCUCCUCCUUUGCUGAUCGAUCCACCAUUUUCCAAAAAGAAGCUUCUAAUCUCACCUGAAGGAGGGUGAUCAUUGCUGGAGCUAUCCUGAAUGUGAAAAAAAAAAAAAUCCCGACAGAACAGGGGAGGAACCCAGGCGUGCAAGGGAAAAAAAAAGCACCGAAGGGGGGGAGCAAGUUGGAUCCCCUCUUCCUGAUAGUCAUGGCUGCAAAUAUGUACAGGGUUGGAGAUUAUGUCUUCUUUGAAAACUCCUCCAGUAACCCGUACUUAAUACGAAGGAUAGAAGAACUUAAUAAGACUGCAAAUGGAAAUGUGGAAGCAAAGGUUGUCUGUUUCUACAGGAGGAGAGAUAUAUCGAGUGCACUUAUUUCUUUAGCGGAUAAACAUGCCAGAGAAAUGGAGGAAGACAUGGAAAAUCCGGAAAUGAUGGAUUUACCUGAAAAACACAAGCACCAGUUAAGACACAGAGAACUGUUCCUGUCUCGGCAACUUGAGUCUUUGCCAGCCACACACAUAAGAGGUAAAUGCAGUGUUACUCUCUUAAAUGAGACGGAAUCCCUGAAGUCUUACUUGGAACGAGAGGAUUUUUUCUUUUACUCUUUAGUGUAUGAUCCGCAACAGAAGACUCUCUUGGCAGACAAAGGAGAAAUCCGUGUUGGCAAUAGAUACCAGGCUGAUAUAACAGACCUGCUGGAAGAAGGUGUGGUAGAUGGUAGAGACCAAGCGAAUCUUGAAACUAAAGUUUGGGAAGCCACCAAUCCCCUGACGGAAAAGCAGAUCGACCAGUUUUUGGUAGUUGCACGGUCUGUAGGUACAUUUGCACGUGCUUUAGACUGCAGCAGCUCUGUCAGACAGCCUAGUCUACACAUGAGUGCGGCUGCCGCGUCUAGAGACAUCACAUUGUUUCAUGCAAUGGACACAUUACACAAAAAUUCUUAUGAUAUUUCCAAAGCCAUUUCUUCCCUCGUGCCUCAAGGAGGGCCUGUUCUCUGCAGAGAUGAGAUGGAGGAAUGGUCUGCCUCGGAAGCAAACUUCUUUGAAGAAGCCUUGGAAAAGUAUGGCAAAGACUUUACAGAUAUUCAGCAGGACUUUUUACCUUGGAAAUCUCUUACCAGUAUAAUUGAAUAUUAUUACAUGUGGAAGACCACAGACAGAUAUGUUCAACAGAAGCGAUUGAAAGCAGCAGAAGCAGAGAGUAAAUUAAAACAAGUGUACAUACCUAACUAUAACAAACCAAAUCCAAAUCAGAUAAAUGUGAAUAACCUCAAACCAACAGUAGUUAAUGGAACGGCAGUACAAGGCCAAAACAACAUGGGUGUAGGACGUGCCUGUGAAAGCUGCUACACAACACAGUCUUUCCAGUGGUAUUCAUGGGGACCACCAAACAUGCAGUGUCGGUUGUGCACAUCGUGCUGGGCCUAUUGGAAAAAAUAUGGUGGGCUGAAGAUGCCAACAAGAUUGGAUGGUGAGAGGCCAGGUCCUAAUCGAAACAACUUGAGCCCACAUGGACUUUCUAUGAGAAAUAGUGGAAGUCCGAAACAUGCUAUGAAGACGCGUCAAGCCUUCUACUUGCACACCACAAAGCUGACAAGAAUUGCCAGACGGCUGUGCCGUGAUAUAUUCCGUCCUCGAUAUUCAGCAAGACAUCCAUAUAUGCCAAUUAACACCGCAGCUAUCAAAGCAGAGUGCGCAACACUGCUUCCCGAAGCAUCAAAAAAUCCACUGAUCCUGAAACAGAUUGUUCGAAAACCUCUUAAUGAGGUGCUGCAAUACAUAGAAGCACAUCCCUGUCCUCCCAAGCCUGAACCAAUAAAGAACGUUGCCACAAGCAUCAACAACAGCCUGACCCCUUCCAAAUCCUCUCCAGUUAUAAACAAUGGAUCUCCAACGAUUUUAGGGAAACGCAGCUAUGAGCAGCAUAAUGGUAUGGACGGUAACAUGAAGAAACGCCUGUUGAUGCCUAGUAGGGGAAUUCCUAACCACGGACAAACCAGACAAAUGGGGCCAAACAGAAACUUACUGCUCAAUGGGAAAUCCAACCUUUCAAAAGUCCGGUUAAUCAGAGGUGGCUGCAUGCCUCCUGUGAAGAGGAGACGGAUGAAUUGGAUUGAUGCUCCUGAUGAUGUUUUUUACAUGGGUACAGAGGAGAUCAGGAAUGUUCGCAAGUUACUCUCAUCUUCUGAAAUUAAGAGAGCAGCUCGUCGUCCAUACAGACACAUAGUCAUCCGACAACCUCAGACGGGGCAUCCAGUGAAUGAUGAACCAAUUGUCAUUGAGGACUAACAUCAGUCUAGAUAUCAAGUUUUCACUCAGAUUUUUUUCCUCUUCAGGAACCUCACCUUAAAACUACAAAUGACGAUGUGUUGAGAUACAGAUAUGAAUCUUUGCAUCUUUAGGAAAAAGCAUCAACAUUUUGAAGACUGGUUACUUUUCUAACCUAUUCAUUCCUUGUAGACCUGUCGAACAAUUUUUUUUUUUUUUUACUUCGUAUUUGUUGUGAAAUUACAAACUUAUUUAAGGGACGGACUAGGCAUAUUUUAGGCUUUUCCUUUAUGUAAAUGCAUUUAUGAAUAUACUUCAUGAACUUUGUAAACUUUGUAACAAGCUGUCAUCACUAAUGCCUUUUUAAGAGGUGUGCUGAUUUUAUGAAGGUGUCAUUUUUUAUUUAUUUUUAUUUUAUUUUUGUACUUUGUGGACUGAAUGAAAAACAGAACCUGCAAUUUUAAUGCUACUAUUGUAUUACAAAAGGAAUGCAAGUACAACGGCAUUAACUUUCAUUAUUGAAUUCGUAGAAAACUAAAGGGAAAACAGCAGAUGCAGUGAUUUUAAAGAUUUUGUUAAUAUCCAUUUACAACUUUGGGCCAAAAAAAAAAAAGUAAAUCUUUCUUUUCCGUUCAGCAAAAAUUUGACUUGGAAGUUUUUGUUUUCAGUGUUCAUCAAGAGAAGUGUUGAGAAAAUAAGACCUCUGCAUGAAUCCCCCUUAUCACCAUCACCACAAUGAAUGUCAAAUGAGAAGUCACGAUAUCUAAACAAAAUUCUUUUACUUAAGUGAACCAUAGAAAAUUAAAUUACGUCCUUCAGAUUAUCCUCCUUUACGUAAUCUACAAGAGCUACAAUAGGAAAUUUUUAUCCUCUUGAGAAAAAUAGACCUUUAUUGCACAAUAAACCGCAACAUUUUCAAAUGGUAAUAUGAAAAAUCCAACCAUCAACUGAACUCUCUCCAAAUACCCCAAACCAGGCGUAGUCUUUUUAUACAAUUUAACAUUAUAUAUUAACCUCAAUAGAUCAGAGUAAAUGUACUAUUAAAUCAGAGCUUCUUACUCUACCAAAAGGAUUUUAUAUCGAAUUCAGUAAACUGACACGACAUUAAAAUCGUGUGUACAGUGCAACUUUAAAGCAAAUGAAAAGCCCUCCAAAAGGUAUUGUUAAUCUGCACCAAUUUUCCUCGGUUAACAACAUAGCGCAAGACUUUAUGAAAUGCUUGAUACAACAAGAAUGAAUCAAGGAAUGUUUAUAGUUUAGGAACAUUUGUAGAAUGAUUGGGUAUUUGUAGAUAACUUUCAAAAAUUGAAUGAAAAGAUAUUUAACCCCUUAAGAACACAUGACAUGUGUGACAUGUCAUGAUUCCAUUUUAUUUUCAGGGUUAAAAGAAAAAAAUGUAAUUACUUAUCUUGUAGCACUGUUCAGCUACUUGCGUGAGGAUUAUCUGUGUAUCCAUUUCUAUAAAUGCAAUUUCUCCAAUUUACAUUUUUUUUUUACUUACUCCACUUUCCAGUCUUAUUUGCCCCCUCAGAUUUGAGGGCUCGGAAUGAUUCAACAGUAG